UGGCGCCGCUCGCGCCGGCGGCGUGCGCGUGCGCGUCUAGGCUGCUCGGCGACUGGCGGGGCGGAGGGCGACCUGCGAGCGGCGGAGAGACCCCCCCUCCCUCCCCCCGGCCCGGCCCUCCCUGCCCGCCAUGGCCAAGCGGCUGCGGAGCAGCGACGUCUGCGCGGAUUGCAGCGCCGCGGGUAGGCCCCGUGGGGGGAGGGGCGGUAAAGGAGGAAGAGGAGCCCCGCCCGCGGCCAACGAAGAGCCGAGCUGGGCCUCCGUCAACCGCGGCGUCCUGCUGUGCGAUGAGUGCUGCAGCGUCCACCGCAGCCUCGGCCGGCACAUCUCCCAGGUGCGGCACCUGAAGCACACGCCCUGGCCCGCCACGCUGCUGCAGAUGGUGGAGACCUUAUACAACAAUGGCGCUAAUUCCAUCUGGGAGCAUUCGCUGCUGGACCCGGCCUCGGUCAUGAGCGGACGACGCAAAGCAAACCCUCAGGACAAAGUGCACCCCAACAAGGCGGAAUUCAUUCGGGCAAAAUAUCAGAUGCUGGCCUUCGUUCAUCGCUUGCCGUGCCGGGACGACGACAGUGUGACUGCCAAAGACCUCAGCAAGCAACUCCACUCCAGCGUCAGGACGGGCAACCUGGAGACCUGCUUGAGGCUUCUCUCGCUGGGAGCACAAGCCAACUUCUUCCACCCGGAGAAAGGGAACACCCCGCUUCACGUUGCUGCCAAGACAGGGCAGAUUUUGCAAGCCGAGUUGUUGGCUGUGUAUGGAGCUGAUCCGGGCACCCCAGACUCCUGCGGGAAGACCCCCGUGGAUUAUGCAAGGCAAGGAGGCCACCAUGAGCUGGCCGAGCGCCUGGUGGAAAUACAGUACGAGCUCACUGACCGGCUGGCUUUCUAUCUCUGUGGCAGAAAACCAGAUCACAAAGGCAGGCAGCAUUUCAUUAUACCUCAGAUGGCAGACAGCAGCUUAGAUGUCUCGGCACUGGCCAAAGCAGCCAAGAAGAAGCUCCAGUUGUUGAACAAUCACCUGUUCGAAGAGCUGGCCAUGGACGUCUACGACGAGGUGGACAGGCGGGAGACAGACGCAGUGUGGCUUGCAACCCAGAACCACAGCACCCUGGUCACCGAGACAACCGUGGUCCCUUUCCUUCCUGUCAACCCGGAGUAUUCCUCAACCAGGAACCAGGGGAGGCAGAAGCUGGCCCGCUUCAACGCCCACGAGUUCGCCACGCUUGUCAUUGACAUCCUGGGGGAUGCCAAGCGAAGGCAGCAGGGAAACCCUGUUCCAAGUGCCACAGAAAACGUGGAGCUGAUCCUCAAGGCAGUCAACAGCCAGCACGGCCCGGGGGGUCACGAAGCCGACCAGCCUGACUACGACAGUGUCGCCUCUGACGAAGAAGGCGACCUGGAAGGCAGUUCAGGGAAGGCCUCUCGGCAGAAGAGCCUGGACUCCGACCUGUCUGACGGCCCCAUCACUGCCCAGGAAUACCUGCAGGUGAAAAACGCCCUGGUGGCUUCGGAGGCGAAAAUCCAGCAGCUUUUGAAGGUGAACGUCAACUUGAGCGAUGAGCUGAGGACCAUGCAGAAGAAGCUUCAGAGCCUGCAGAGCGAAAACACGAGCCUCCGACGGCAGGCCACCACCAAUGCCCACCCAGCUCCGGGUGGCUCUGAGUACGCAGACGUGCCCUCUGUUCGGCGCCCCUCCUUGCGCAGCAGCCGGCCCAUGUCGAUGUACGAGACAGGGUCCGCCCAGAAGCCCUAUCUGCCACUAACCGAAGCCUCUUACCCCGAGGAACACAUCGCUCCCCGGCUCCAGCUCUUCCACAUGUCCCGGCUGGAAAAACAGAGCAGCUUGCCCGAGGGGGAUUACGACAACACCGCCCCUGCUCUGGAGCUGGACGAGACAGGGCUCAUCAGGAAGGAGUGGAGCAGGAAGCAGUGGAGCAGCCUUGGGCCAGAGGGCAAGGACCUCGAGGCCCACCCCAGCUUCCCCAGCACCGAGGACGUGAUUCGGAAGACGGAGCAGAUCACCAAGAACAUCCAGGAGCUGCUGAGGGCGGCUCAGGAGAGCAAACACGAGAGCUACGUCCCCUGCUCGGAGAGGAUCCAUCUGGCCGUCACGGAGAUGGCCACUCUCUUUCCGAAAAAGCCGCUGUCGGAGCUGGUGCGCACCCCGUUGCGGCUGCUGACCUCCAGCGCCUUCCGGCUGCACUCCGAGUGCGCGAAGGCCCUCCCGCCCGAGUCGUGCUCCAUAGCCGACGUCCAGCUGGUCACUCAGCAGGUCAUCCAGUGCGCCUACGACAUUGCCAAGGCUGCCAAGCAGCUGGUCACCAUCACCACCAAAGAGAACGCCAACUGAGCGGGCUCCGGUGCAGCCUUUGCUGUCGCCUUGGAAACUGGGCUCAGGUUUUCAGGGGAAGCUCUUUUUUACAGGAAUAUUUAAAGCGGUGCGUUACCAUUUUUUUUAAAAAAAGGAAACUCAGUAUUAAAUUUUUUGCAUGUUGUUUUUCUAAGAAGACUCUUUCCCAGGAUUGCCAAAAUCCACUGCCUUAUUUGGUGCUCCGUAUUUGCCGGCAUUGAGUGCUCGCGCUGGAAGUCGUCUUGAGUCAACCAUCACAUCACCAGCUUACAGGCGUUUUUUGCUGUUGCGAGGAGGGGAGUUUGAAUCCUGCACUCUUUUUUGAACUCGGACGCCCAGAGCAGAAUUCAGGGACCUGCCCCUGGAAUCCUCCCCAGUUGCUUGGCACCAUUGAACCACUAGAGAGCCACCUCUUCAGAUACAGGGAAUGGUCAAAAGGACACCCCACUUUCCUGCUUGGUCUGCCUGGGGCCACCCAGGCACAGGAGGAGGAGGAGCAGCCUCCUUCCCUUCCUCCCUCUGCGGGGCCAAGGGGCAGCCCCUCCGCUCCAGAGGCCAACGGCUGGCUCCUCAUGCUGGGUUUUCCUUUUGCAAAAUAACUAUGCCUUGGGAGGCCUUGUGCCUUCCCCAAUAUGGAAAGCUCUCGUUAUCUGCUCUUUUUGUCUUUUUAUUUUCUUUGGGAAUUCCCUGCCUUUGCCGAUACGGACACAUGAGGGUCUUUUCUAGAGUGUGUGCGGAAGGCCUGGCCAGGAAAGGGGGCCCUGUGCAGGAUGGGUGGCCAAGCCUGAGAAUGAGCUGAGAAUGCCCAGCCACCCCACUGGCAGUUGGGAGUGUGUCAGGCAGCCCCUUGUGCUGGCUUCCCCUCCUGCAGGCACUCGGCCUUUGUCGCCCCCAGGCCUCUUUGCGUAUGAAGUAUGAAGAAAGCACACGGCCAAGGCACAAUGGCCAGUCAAUGCAAAAAAAAAAACAACAUUUCUGGGGGAAAAAGUUGAGGGUUUGGAAGCUUCCCCAUUGGUCAUCCCCGAGUCGGUGUGAGAUGGAAGCUUCCAGGCAGCUGCAGAUUCUUGGCCAAAGGCUGCCCAGAAUGAGAUGAUAAUGGGUGAGCGGCCAACAGGGCGGCGUUUCCCCAUCCAUUUCAUGGGCUGAGCUGCCGCUACCCCUUAGGACUCUCCUGCAGCCAGACAGCAGCGGUCGGCUGUCCCAGGCUUGCCUUGCUCAGGACCCCUGCAAGAAUGGGGGCACCAGCUGCUUUGCGGCUGUAGAGACAGACUCCCCACCUCCAUUUUAAAGCCACAACUAAGUGAAGACUCCGUGGUGUGUGUGUGUGUGUGUAUAAAAUAUCCUGCUAGUGUGUGCAUAUGUAAAUCUUACAUGUAUAAAAACCAAGUGCCAUAAUA